GGGAAAUCGAAGUACUUGGAGAAAAUCUAUCCAAGUUCCACAUUGUGUCCACCACAAAUCCCACAUGACGAGGCCCGGGAAGCUAGACCCUUGGGGGUCACGCAGAAAGUUAACCACUUAAGACCAAGCUAAUUCAGCGACAGUUAACAAGAACAUAUAAAAUAACUGAAGCGCCAUCUGUGGAAUAAAACCUCAUGGAAAGCCACGAAGUGAAGUAAAAAAUGUAGCAUCUUAGUUUCUUAUUAAAUUCUUUGUUGGGCUGUCAAGCCGCUUCUCUGAAGAAUUCAUUUCAUAGGGUAGAGCAGCUCUCUGUUGUGGGACAUAACGCUGUGCAGUUCGCUGAGAGUUGAUGUCUAAACUAUGUCACAGAAGAUAGUUAUCCUUGGAACCACCGCUGUGAUCCUACACGAAACUAAAGUUGAUAAAAUGUGAUAAUGAUGGUUUCUUACGUACGUAACCACUUAAACUGCAUGACAAAGCAAGGCGCAGUUUUGUCAUGACCGCAAGGUGGUGUUAACGCGAAUGCUGCGUUUCGCUGCAUUUGUAACGAACCCAGUGCAGAUUAAACAGAAAACCAAAGAUGAACUACAGAGUCCUCGGCUUCGUGAUUUUGACAUCUUGGUGCGCAUCCUUAGUCUCAGGCGCCAGGAUCCUCGCCCUCUUCCCCUACAUUGGGAAAAGCCACUUUGACGUGUUCGAGCCAUUUGUUAAAGAACUCGCUACUAGGGGCCACCAUGUUGUUGUACUCAGCCACUUCCCACAGAAGCAGCCAAUACCUAAUUACACGGACAUUAGUCUUGUGGGCUCCAUUACCAUACACGCGACAGACAGGAUUGAUCUGCAGAACAUGUCAGGCAUAAGGCUGUUUAAGACUAUGAUAAAAGAAUUUUCAAAUUUUUUCGUAACAUGUGAUCAAAUGUUGUCCUUUCAUAAUGUUCAGGAACUACUAAACUCUCAAGUUAAUUUUGAUCUCAUAAUAACUGAAACAUUUCUUACGGAUUGCUUUUUACCCUUCGUACACAAAUUCAAGGCACCUCAUGUAGCAAUGAGUUCAUGCAUAAUGUUCCCAUGGUCAAACGACCGCAUGGGAAACCCCGACAACCCGUCCUAUAUCCCCACACAUGGAACAUGGUUUUCUGACAAAAUGAACUUCAGUGAAAGGUUCUUCAACGCCAUUGCAAACAUCGCAUUUAAAUUUUUAUUCCAUGCUACUGAAAGAAUAGUAACUCAAAGUUACAUCCGCAAACACUUCGGCGACGAUGUACCAUUGCUGUCCGACAUCUCUAAGAACACGGAUCUUCUGCUGGUUAACUCUCAUUUCAGCCUCAACCGGCCACGGCCACUCGUUCCCGGCAUUGUUGAAGUCGGUGGUCUCCACAUCAAGCCGCCCAAGAAACUGCCAAAGGACUUGGAAGAUUAUCUGAACGAAGCGGAACACGGAGUUAUCUACUUCAGCAUGGGCUCAAUGAUACGUGCAGAAACGUUACCGUCCGAGAAGAGGGACGCCUUCUUGCAGGCGUUCUCCGAGCUGCCACAGCGAGUUCUCUGGAAGUGGGAAUCCGACGCUAUGCCUGGUCAGCCUAACAACGUCAAGAUCGCAAAGUGGCUCCCUCAAUUUGAUAUCCUGAAUCAUCCCAAUGUACGCGUGUUUGUGAGCCACGGUGGACUGCUGGGCACCAUUGAGACAGUGUACGCGGGUGUGCCCAUGGUGGGCAUCCCCAUGUUUGCCGAUCAGCCCAUGAAUAUAAAAGCGAUCGUAGAUUUCAAGAUGGGAGUUAGUAUCAACUACAAAGAUAUCAGUAAGGAGAAUAUCUUGAAGGCAGUCCGCACUGUGUUGGAUGAACCCAGUUACCGGGAGAACGCGAAGCAUCUGUCUAGGAUUUACAUGGACAGACCGAUGUCCGCGAUGGACACUGCCAUCUUCUGGACGGAAUAUGUCAUCAGACACAAAGGAGCAGCACAUCUGCGUCCUGCAAUACUACACCUCGCCUGGUACCAGUAUCUGCUGCUUGAUGUUCUUGCAGUGAUCCUCCUCUUUGUUAUCACUGUCUUCCUUCUCUUCUACAUUAUAACAAGGAAACUCAUUAAAAAGUUCACGGCAAAACCCCAAAAGAAAUCAAAACAGAGCUGAGAAGAACUGGAGACAACAUUCACACAUCUCUAGCUAGACAAAUAUUUACUUCCAAAUGGAGCAGUCAACACAACAAUAACAACAAUACUCAAUAAGACAAAACAGACACUAUCGCCUUAACUUUUGUUUGUUUGUGCAGUUCUUAUUGCUUCAUGUUUUGCCCUUUCUUUUUGGCUCAUCCUCAGACAAUACCCAACCAACAGCAUUAAGUCCAUGAACUGUGUCAAAGCAUUAAAUAUGGAUCCAUAUUUUAAUAGAGAUUAAAUUAUUAAACUUCGAUUUAUACAAUUAAAGUUACAAGUUGCUAUUAGAUAAUUUAAAACAAUACAAAAAUUAAAUUGUUAAAAAUAUUGAAACAUGUUAUGCGGCGGCUAAUUAUUGGUCUGCUCUGUUUCCCUGUGAUCGAGAUGGUCGAAUUGCUAUUGAUGGGGGGGGGGCCUUGGUGCAUUGGGGUCCUUCUCAACAUUUUAAAUUUUGUUUGAUUUACACUCUUCUUGCUGCUAUGUAAGGUCUAUCCCCAGUAUUAUUUUUAUUCCUAUGUGAGGUCUAACCGCAAUGUUUUGAGUAGGACUCCCGUUCCAAUAGAUUUUGUGCGGGAUUGGCUGUAACGAUUAAGUGCGGCAUAGAAGCUUUUUAUAUGUGCAUGUUCAUGUUUUUAAAGGUUCUUAAAGGCUUAUAUAAGUAAGUCAGUGCAUGUACUUCCGUAUUACGUGGCUAUUGUGCUGUGUGUUUUCUUAAGUCCCCUUGGUGAUGAUAAAAACGCUGUACCAACGGUUCCGUCGAAACUGAUUUUCUUAGUGAGGGGCCUUACGUGUAACUUCGGUAUAUGGUCGCGAGUUGGUACAUUGAGUCGGUGAAGGGAGGGGAAGGGGGUGUCACGUAGACAUAUGUGGGAAAGGAGGGGGAAAGUAUGGGUUACUCUAGGGUUUUGUUAGAAUAUCGAAUAUCGGGUUAUUUAAAUCAGUAAAUGUAUCAUUCAUUUGCAAGGCUUUUUUUGGAGAGGUCGUAAAUAUGAUACCCCUCCAACGUGUUGAACUUGCGCCCUUCUUUCGCAAUAUUCAGUACUUUCAUGGCUUGGUCGAUCGUAUCAUAUGCAUGUCCAGUUUCAAUGUGUUGCGCAUAUUGUAAUUCUGCUGUUUAUUAGUCCUAAUCGCAUUGAUGGGCCGCCUCUGUGGUCUAGUGGUCAGAGUUCUUGGCUACAGAUCCAGAGGUCCCGGGUUCGAUU